AUGUAUUUAUUGGGCCCCGAGCAGCAGUGUCCGCCGCAGAAGUUCGACCACACGGUGACAUGCGACUUCCAGACCGACGAGCCGACCAACUAUAUCUGCGGAUGGGACAUUCAGUCCGGCAGCGGCAUCACAUGGAACUGGAUCAACAAUGCCUCCAACUUCUUCUUGGCGACCAUCCCCACCAACGCCUCGGCAGCCGCCCCGGCGACGCGCUUAAUCAGCAUGCACGUCAACCAGUUCCCGCCCAAUCCCACCAAACUGACCUUCCGCUACCGCUUCCCGCGCGAUGUGCACGGCGGUUACCUGAAGCUGAACGUGAAGAUCUUCGAGGAAGAGUACGAAAUCUGGCGCGCCACGCCCACUUUACAGUGGCAGACGGCGACGGUGUACCUGUGCUUCGAGCCGGGCUACCAGCUGGUGCUGGAGACCACGGCGCUGGACGUCAGCGUCGACGAUUUCGUGCUGGUCGGCGAGACCGCGCUGGUACAGCCGGGCGAGAUCGACGGCUACUGUCGCUCGCCGUUGGUGACGUGCGGCUUCGAGGACGGCUUCUGUGGAUGGAGAGAGACCAGCUUCCAUCGCUAUCGCGAAGACGCCGGACAGAAUGCCGCGCUCGGAACAUGGUAUGUUAAGGCAGAAUCGGCGGACAGUGAACCGACCACUCCGGUGUUGCGUAUAUACGACACGAUGAAACUGCGCGCCGCCACCCAGUUCACCUUCUAUUGCUUCCUGCACGGCGUCAGUUGA